AUGCUAUGUCUCUCGACGGGCAACUUUGCUGCUUGGCGCGGCGAAAUCUACGACCUCCUGCAGUCAAAAUCAGAUCUAGUCGCGCAGAAAGAGCAGCGGCAGCAGGUCAUGAUCAACACUCGUCUUUCACCAAUCAAGCCGCACGUGCCCGCCACUACAUCAAUGCGCCUUUACCAAGUCCUCGCCGAGAGCGGCCGCGGUAGCGACAACUUCCGCGAGAUUUCUAUGCAGGUCUGGAGUUUUGCAUGUUGCACUCGCUCUUCCUGGCAUGGGAAGUGCGGCUUCAUCACCGACAAGUUUAUCGAGGGCUACGAGGAGGAGCUCUUCCUGGCACAGAAGAAGUGGAGCUUCAUCACCAAGAAGUUGACCGAGGGCUACGAAGACGAGCUCUUCCUCUCAUGA